AUGCCCAAACUGGAUCAGAGUGGAUCAACUUUUUUCCCCUCGGCCAAAUUGCAACCCUCCAAACGCAGUUACGAACUUUUUGCGGCGGCUUACACUCCAGUGUGGAUUUCUGCAUUCUGCAUCGUUGUCGUCUUUCAAGUAUACGAGCAACUGGAUGCCUGGGGCUACUCAAGGCUAUGCGGAGGUCUAGCGGCACCGUUUCUUCUACAGCCAUUUCUAUUUCCGUCGGCGGGGAGUAAUUCUCCGGAUGAAACCCGCGCCCCAUGGGAACGCUAUGCCUUCAAGGCCAAUCUGUGGAUUGCCAUAUACUCGUUUAUCGGCAAUUACUUCUACACACACUACUUUUACUCUGUGUUGAAAGCAGAAUACUCGAUGCCUGCUCACCGACUGAACAAUGUUCCUAUUGCCAUGUUUCUCGCAACGCAUUUUUAUUUCUCUACAUAUCACUUCUUUUCGAAUGUGCUUCUCCGAAAGAUUGUUACAACUUACGAAAAAAGUUUCCGGAGGACUUUGUUAUUUGUCAGCACUGUACUGGUGUUCUCUUACUUUACGGCAUUCAUGGAAACACUGACAAUAUCUUCUUAUCCGUAUUAUUCGUUCGAGGAUCGGAACACUGCCUAUACUGUCGGUUCGGCCUUUUAUGGGAUCUAUUUCAUUGUAAGCUUUCCAGCGUUUUUCCAUUUUGACGACGAAGUUGAUGUGGACAGUCCUACACGUAAAGUCGUUACAGUAUGGGAUACCGUUGUGUCCAGCUGCGGCUACGGCAUGAUAAUCUUGAUCCUGCUCGAUUUUGUUAGAAUACAGCUGGGGAUACCAUUAGUCAUGGAUGUGGCAAAAGAGCUGUCUUAAGGUUUAAGGCUUUUUAAA